AGCGGCGGCACACAUAUAUAUAACACAAGCAGCGGCGAUGGUCACCAGUCAAGAUCCUUCGUCCAGCUGACAACAUGAACGCUAAGGUGCUUCUCCUCCUGGCGGUGGUGGCCGCCGCCUUUGCCGACAAGCCCAGCCCGAGAUACAAUGUUCCCGUUCCGGAUUCCGACUCCCGCUCCUACGAGGACUCGUUUGAGGUGCCGAAGUAUGAGUUCCAGUGGAGUGUGGACGACAGCUCGUCCGGCAACAACUUCGGGCAUGAGGAGGCGCGCGACGACGAGCACACGCAGGGCGGCUUCUACGUGGACCUGGCCGACGGCCGCAGGCAGAACGUCAAGUACGUGGUGGACGGCGACUCCGGCUUCCUGGCGGAGGUCACCUACGACGGCGAGGCGCGCUACUCCUCCGAGUCCCACGAGUCCAGCGAGUCCCACGAGUACGCGCCCCCAAGGCCCACCUAUGCGUAAAGGCCGCGCCGCCCUCACCAGCCAUACGCCAUGCAGACUGUGGAUCCUUCAUCCCGAUCAUUCACCCGCGACUCUCCACAGGCGCGCUGCCGGCACGCGCCUCUCAUUGUAACCAAUGUAUUUUAAGUAUACCAUUUUCCCAAUAAAGCAACAUCAUGGUGAA